GUUACUGGCUGGCUAAAGCCCAGCGCUGUACCUUUCAACAGUGUUACAGUCCAGAAUAGAGUAACCUAAACCAGGUACAGUCAUGGAUCUUGUGUUGAAUGUCGCUGACUACUACGUAUUCACACCCUACGUGUACCCGACGUCGUGGGCAGAGGACGGCGCCCUGCGGCAGAUCCUCAGCCUGCUGGUAGUGACAAACCUUGGUGCCGCGAUUCUCUACCUGACCCUGGGAGCCCUCAGCUACUACUUUAUCUUUGACCAUGACCUUAUGAAACAUCCACACUUCUUAGAGAAUCAGGUUCGGCGUGAGAUCAAAUACGCACUGACCUCACUGCCGUGGAUCAGUAUUCCAACGGUGGCCUUGUUCUUCGCCGAAGUUCGAGGUUACAGCAAAGUGUACGACAACGUCCACGACUCUCCAUUGGGGUGGACUGGGCUCUUCCUGAGUAUGGUAUCUUUUCUACUUUUCACCGACAUGUGCAUUUAUUGGAUUCAUAGGUUCCUACAUCAUAAGCUUAUUUAUAAGCUCUUUCACAAACCGCAUCAUGUCUGGAAGAUUCCCACACCAUUCGCCAGCCACGCCUUCCAUCCGGUGGACGGCUUCAUGCAGGGGCUCCCAUACCACAUCUAUCCAUUCCUUUUCCCCCUCCACAAGGUGCUAUACCUGGCCUUAUAUGUCUUUGUCAACAUUUGGACCAUCUCCAUCCACGACGGUGACUACCGUGUACCCGGUGCCAUGACGGGAAUCAUCAACGGCUCGGCGCACCACACAGACCACCACUUGUUCUUCGACUACAACUACGGCCAGUACUUUACGUUGUGGGAUCGCAUCGGGGGCUCUUACCGCCACCCGUCGGCCUUGAUGGGCAAAGGUCCCCACGACCUGAUCCGCAGGCUCCGGGCGGAGGCAAAGUUAGACGGCAGCAAAGCAAAUGGACAGAGAGACGUCAUGUGUAAAGAGGAGUAAUUUUCCUUUCCCAAAUACAGCCCUGACACCUUUAUAGGGGUACGUGACUAUGUUUGGUAAUUAAAAAAAAAAAAAGUCCACAUAUUCACCUUUUGGUUGGCCACAAUAUUAAAUAUUUGCAGCCAACAUGAAUGUUAUGUCAACAUUCGUGGACUCCAGGUCUCAAUUCUAAUUUUAAAAAAAUAUAUUAAUAUUGAUCAUUAUUUUUAUAGAAUGUUUUUAUGGAUAAAUAAAGUUUUAAUAACUAAAAAUUUAAAUAUAAAACUGAAAUACACUUAGAUCAUGGACCCAAUAGCAAUCCAAAGAUGUUGUUUUCAUAGUAUUUACCUCAUUAGUUGCCAUUGACAACAAUCGAUGUACAAUUAAUAAAAACUAUGAAGACUGAAUGCUCAUCUUUUAGUGCCAUCCAUUUUCAUUCGCUCUCCCAGUCGAAUUGGAAUGGACGUCUGAGUGCCUUAUAAAGGAUUAAAGACAAUCGGUAAUCUUACAUUGUGCUUGCAAAAUACAGUGGGGCAAAUAAGUAUUUAGUCAACCACUAAUUGUGCAAGUUCUCCCACUUGAA